UCUAUAAAUCCCAAUUGCCUUUCCCUCCAAAACACAUAUAACAUCUAUUUCUUCUCGUGCAUUGCUUAUCUCACCAAAUCUUUGCCGGAAAGCGAUGGAAGUAGUUUCCCUUCGUCCCCCUGUACUUCCGCCACGACCAUUUCCAGCCAAGUCCCGGCACCGGAAAAUUGGCACCGACGAGCAUCACAAGAGAAGGUCCUUUGUUAGAGUCUUUGCGAGGAAAAAUGAUGCCUCCAACCGGAACUAUGAUGGCCGGCUUGUCGAUGAGAACAUGAUCGUUCUACGUAUGCGCAUUCAGGAGAUGAAGAUGGCGGAGGAGAACUACGAGCCACCUUCGGGCUGGAUGGAGUGGGAGAAGCGAUAUUACGCAAAUUACAACACAGACAUCUGUGAAGCAGUGGGGUUCUUACAGACCCAGUUGACGAAUAUGAGGCCAAGCUUGGCUCUGGGGCUGGUGGCUCUUGUCACCUUGAGCGUCCCCAUAUCAACGGCUGUGGCCAUGUCCCAUUUGUUUGAGAUAACUAAGUGGAUCCUAUCUGGAACUCAUCUCGUCUGACUUUUUUUUUUUUUUUCUCUUUUUCUAAAUAGCUGACUUGUUUAUGGUUCAUCUGGUUCUGUUACUUCUGUAUAUAUAAAAAAACUUGGAUCAUUUCUCCAUGAACAUCAUCGCUGGAGAAAGAGUUUCUCUUUCUGUUUCAGUAUAUAUUAUUUGUUUUUUCCCUCUUA